ACAGUUUUGAUUUUCAAAAUUUUUGAAUUCUUAUUAAAAUUGUAGAUACAUUAUUUAAAGUAUACUGAUUCAUACAGUUCUGCAGAGUUAAAUUAUUCAAAACUCACUAAAAAGCUAUUUAUAUGUGUAAAUGCUACUUUUUCUCUAUAGUUUUGACAAAAUUUUAUCCGUUCAAAUUAAGCUGAUGAAAGGAAUUGAUUUUAUUUAUUUUGAGCAUAUGAUAAAUAAUUUUAUAGAUAUUAGCAGUAUCUGUGCAAAUAUUUUUUGAUUAUUUAGUUACUUAAUUUAAAUUCUUGGAAUUUUAUUUUAAAUUUUAAUACUUUCUUUUGUAUGCCAAAGAUUUUUCUGUCAGCUACGAGAAAGAAAGAUAUUUUGUUACAUUUUCAUUUUUUCUAAGUGCUGCAGUUUCUAAAUUUAUUUCACAAUGGAUCAAUCAAGCCAGAAAAAGAAAGUUUGCUUUGCUGCUGAAAAAUUGUGUUUAGUUUGUGAAUGGGAAAGCUGUGAUGUAGUGGAAGCUAAUAUUGAAAUUUUUUUAUCACACAUUACUACAGAGCACCUGAUAAAUGUAAAUUCAGGUGAUUUACACUGUCAUUGGAAAGACUGUGAAGGCUUUACUGAUAAUCUACCAGAACUGAGGAGACACAUUUUAUUACAUGCAUUUCACACGAAAAUAAAAUGUUAUGGAGCCAAUCUCCAAGCACGCAAAAACAUGCCUAACUGUUUAGCAGGCAUGCAGAGUCGUAAUAUUGUGCCUGAAUUACCUGAGCCAUUAGUUUGCUGUUGGGAAGAAUGUAUGAUGGUAUAUGAAAGUCCUGAGCACUAUUAUCGCCAUGUAGACAGUCAUGCUAUAUAUGAUUGUAAAAAGUAUGGAAAUCCUCUUUGUUUGUGGCAGGAUUGCAAACGAUCAUUUUCUGAUCAGUUUAAAGUGAAGGAACAUCUCCGAUCUCAUACUCAGGAAAAAGUCAUUGCUUGCCCUACGUGUGGUGGAAUGUUUGCAUCUAGAACUAAGUUUUUUGAUCAUAUUCAAAGACAACUCCCUGAUGAUAAAUCUAGUUCCUAUGUUUGUGAAUAUUGUCCUGCCCAGUUAAACUCUGAGCGCUUACUUCGUGAUCAUAUGAGACAUCAUGUGAAUCAUUACAAAUGCCCUUACUGUGAUAUGACAUGUCCAACACCAUCAGGACUUGGAUCGCAUAUUGCUUAUCGCCAUUCAGAGGAGAAGCAAUAUUCUUGUCAAUAUUGUGAUUACAAGUGCAAGACUGAAAGUGAUCUAAGGAAGCAUUUGGAAUCUCACAGUAUGGUCCCAACCUACAAAUGUCCUGUUGAAAAUUGCACAUAUUCUUCAAGAUCUCAAACUUGUUAUAGAGCUCAUUACAGAAAACAGCAUGAAGGUAAACCACCUUUCAAAUAUUCCUGUCACCUUUGUGAAAAAGUGUUCAGUCGAGGAAACUACCUCACGAAGCAUUUAUUGAAAAAACAUAAAUUUUGUUGGCCAUCUGGGCAUUGUAGAUUUCGGUAUUGUUUAGAUGAAGAAGGGGUUUACAAACUUCAAACAGUGCGAUAUGAAAGCCUUGAAUUGUCGGAGGAAAUGAUGGGUGAAAAUUCUGAACUCAUAUCACAAGAUGAUGAAAGUAUAGAUGACCCCAGUGCAGUGAACACAUCAAUGCAAAAUGAACCUUGUGAAAACCAAAAUUUAGGUAGCAUGAAUAUUGCUGAAUCACAAAAAAAUGUGCAUUUAGGUGAAAACAUUUCUAAUAAUUCAGUCAUCUUGGAAGUAGACAGAGAAAAUAAUUUGAUUACCCAAGAAGGAUUAUCAGUAGUGUGUGUACCAUACACGACAGAAGGUAAAAAAUCUGAAGAAGAACCUGUUUUGAUUAAAAUUCUUGAUGUUACUACUCCUUGCGACCAAUCUUUUUUGCAGUCAAAUGGCUAUUUUGUGCAAGAUCUUGAAAUUUCUGGUGUCCAGUCUAUUAUAAAAGAUUCUGAAGGAUUUCUAUAUAAGACUGUAGAUAUUAUCUCACCGCCAGAAACUUCUAUACAGCCAUCAUAGCAGUUAUUUCUAUAAGAAGGUGAUUUUGAAUGAAUUGCAUUUUUAGAGCUUGAAUGAACUCUGUAGUACGAUUGUGAUUUUUUAAAAUUUUUAUUUUAUAGCAUGUCUUAUUUUUUUCAUAGAUUGAAUUUUUAAAAAAAUGGUAGGAAAGUUUUGAUAAUAUAAAGAUUGUUUGCCCAUUUUUAAACUAUAAUUGUUGUUUCAGCUCUGAUGGUUUUUAAUAACUUCUAAAUAAUAAUUUUGUUUUAAAUUGAAUAAUUUGUAAACAGAAUAUUAAUGGAAACAGCAACUUUUCACAUUUAUGUUCUUUCGUAAUAUUUUUUUAUAUCUGGGGGCAAAUUAAAAAAAUUAUGCUUUAAUAUACCAUUUUUUUUUUCUAGAAAUCUUUUCUUUAGAGUUUAAUUUUAUUUUCCCUGACUUUGCAAACUAACUGCAUUUAAGCUAUAAUUGUAAAUCAGUUUAAUAGCAUUAUUUUCAUUACUAAGAAAAUCAAUCAAUGAAUGUAUAAUUAUUGUACAUAAUGUGAAAAUAUAUAUAUAAUUGAUUGUAUGUAUAUACUCUAAAUAAAAAUGUAACCUGAUAAUGCAUUAUUUGGAAAUUUAUUGUUUGUGCUCAUAAAUUAAUGAAUUAUUUGGACUUAUAUAAUUGUACUAUUGCUAGAAAAAAAAAUAUGCUUGAUGUGAUAUGAUUUGAAGGUAUGAAUUUAAACUCAGAAUCAUGCAUAUCAUUGCCUUUAUCUGCAUUCAAAACUUUAUGUAACAUAUUGAUUAUAAUACAAUUUUAGAAAGAAAAUUAUUUGAAGUAUGAUUCAAAGGCAGAAAAAAUUCCUAGUUUACCAUCUGCAUAAUCUUGGAAAUAUCAGAAAACUAUUAAAAACAUCAGAAUGAUGCUUUCUAAACAAUAUUAAA